AUGUUGUCACUUGCGCCUGGGAAUAUUCUUCAAGGCACCUAUUGGAGCUAUCACAUUCUCAACCUUGUCAAUGGAGAUAACACGCACAUCUCUAGUCUCUUCGAAGCCGAGGUUAUACCACCUGAGAAGUCUCACAACACCCCUAAAUUCCCCCAAUGGUCCGGCUAUAAGGUUAAUCUUACCGUACAAGCCUUUACCCAAGAAGUUUCACCAAACAACAUGAUUGCUAUUAGCUUCAUGCUUAUCAUCUUCCUAGUGUCGCUUCCUCUCAGUGCUUCCGGAAAAUAUACCACUCUUGAGGAGUUCAAAUACCAGCCCAAUAUUUUAGGGACCCACUCACUUAUUGUUGCAGCUCUAAGAGCAGCGCUAAAUAGCUGUGUUGUUCUGGGAGACUCUAACUAUGUGAACAAAGGAAAAGUACCUACCCUUAACAUUGGAACCUCGAAAGAUAAUAUCCUAUCUCCUGGGAUUGGAACUGAAUAUAUUACCGUUAAAAUUGGAGACUGA